AGAGAGAGAGGUUGCAGAGCUUCUCCUAAAGCUUAUUUAAACAGGCAAAGAGGAAAAGGAAAUGAGCUUUUCUCUCUCAUCUUGAAUCCAUGCACGAGAGUAGAGCCAUGGGUCACCGCAGAAGCAGCGGAGAAGUGCGGCCAUACGUGCGUUCAAGCAAGCCGCGUUUCAACUGGACGAGCGAGCUCAAGCUGCUCUUCGAAGAAGCCAUGAUAGUUCUAGGAGGCACAAGAAAAGCUACUCCUAAACAAAUCAGAGAGCUAAUGAAAUGCCCAGAUAUCCAGCUCUCUCAUAUAAAGAGUCGUCUCCAGAUGUGUAGAAUCCGCAUGGAAGAGAAGGAGAGGAAAUCAGGUUCAAAUUCAUCAGAAGAGAUGCUCGUAAGCAAAAGAAGAGAGAGAACAUUAGAUAAUAUUGAUGCUAAUGGAGAUGAGCAUAGUGAUGUUGUUGAUGAGAAUGAGCCUACUGAAUCUGCUCCUCCUCUGUCAAGGUCCUGCUCCAGCUUAGAGUACCAGUCACAACGUUACUCUUUGCAACCCUCUCCUCAAUCUGAUCAACGCCCAUUCAAAAGGUUUCGAGUGGAGGUACAACCGACUGCUUCCAGUUUUCAGUCCAAUCAAUACUAUUUUGGUUACUUUGGGCCAAGACAAGAGUAUAGUGCAGUAGCGCCAGAGUUCUCAGCUGCUUGUAUCUUCAGGAAAGAACAAUCAGAUGAACCCAAGGAGCAAGAGAACAAUAUCAAAGAAUGCCUGGAAGAGGAAGAUGACUUGCAGCUGUCCUUGUCUUUAUCCACGCCAACCAGUGCCAAUAGAAUUAAUCUAGAGCUCACCUUGUAAUUUCCUGAGGGUUAGUUAUCUUCUUCAAGAUUUUGUUUUUCUUUUUUUUUAAAUUAGCACUUAAGGAUAUGUACAAAUGCAACUUAUGAGAGGAAAUGACCUUAAAUCUUUUCAAUGCUGAUGUCUAUUCAUUUUUCACAAAACAGGUUCAGAACCUGUCAUUCUUUGCAGCACAGCUCUUCUUAAGUUUAAAUUUUAUAGUAUCAUGGAGAUUAUCUAUGCUUCACUAAAAUUGUUUUUAUUUGAAAAAACAUCACUCAAAAUUUUGUAUUUAUAAAAUAUAUACCAAAAUUUUGAAAUAUUCAACAAAAAGUAACACAACUUCGGUGAUUGUUUUGCUGAAGUUCUGAAUGUUUACAGAUAAAUUAUUGCUCAUGUAUCAUUGCAUAAUAAAAGUUCAAAAUCAGUAAGAUUUGACUUUUAUCAUAAUCUUCUAUUUUAAUAUUUGUUAUCUUGAAAAGUAGGAUGAGAAAGUCUAUAUAUAAUAUGAUAUAGCACCAUGCAUCAAACUUGCAAAAAGAAUGAUCAAAUAAUAUAAAAAAAACCCAAAUAUUUUAACUUUGUUAGUAUACUUCACCAAAUAAAAUUAAUUUAUUUACUUUUAAAGUUUUAUAUUAUACAAUUAAAAUCAUUCAUUACAAAAAUGUUGGUGGAAUUUUUAAUUUAAUAUCUAAAGAAUAUAACAUAAAAAAAUAUAUAAAAAAUGGUCUUCAUUAAUCUCAAUGGUUCCCUUCUCAUUGACUAUGUAUCUAUCUCAUCAGGUUGGACAUAAAGGGAAUCUGUUUUUUUAUUUUAUUUUAAUUCAGAUAUUCCUAUGACAAGACCUUAAGCGUCACAUCAAACGAUCCCCAUCCAAUACUUUGUUGGAUACUACGUACCUUGUACUUAAAAGUAUCAAUGAUCUAAAUUAGGCAUACAACACAGCAAGACUAAGGGACAAAUUAAUAAAAAUAAAGUUAUGAUUAUAAAUCAUGAAUCAAGU